AUGCUCCGAGUCGCUCCAAUGGCAAUGACCUCUCUCCUCACCCGCAUCACCUCUCUCCCUCUGCCUCUCAAACCCUCUUCCUCUCUUUCUCCAAAACCCACUAAAACCCUCUUCCUCAAAUCCUUCUCCAUCUCCUGUUCCACCUCCUCCUCUGUACUUCCCCAAAACCCAGACCCUCCUCCACUCACCAUCAAUGGAGACAUUGGGCCUUACCUGGCCUGUUCCAUGCCCCAUAAGCGCCUUAAAGUUGCAGUCUUGCUUAGCGGCGGUGUCGACAGCAGUGUCGCCCUCCGCCUCCUCCACGCCGCCGGCCACUCCUGCACUGCCUUCUACCUCAAAAUCUGGUUUCAAGAAGGGUUUGAGAACUUUUGGUCAAAAUGCCCAUGGGAAGAAGACUUGGAUUAUGCAAAAGCUGUCUGUAAUCAGGUUGAUGUGCCACUAGAAGUCAUGCAUUUGACUGAUGAAUAUUGGAAACAUGUGGUGUCCUACACUAUUAAAGAGUAUCAAUGUGGCCGAACUCCUAACCCAGAUAUUCUAUGCAAUACAAGAAUAAAAUUUGGUGUAUUCAUGGAUGCCAUAAGCAGUAUGCCAUUUGACUAUGUUGCAAGUGGACAUUAUGCAAAAGUUGUCCACCCAUCUGCAGAUGAAAUGGAUAAGAAUUCUGCUCUGGAACUAUCUCAAGACAUGGUGAAGGAUCAGACAUACUUCCUUUCACAUCUGUCUCAGGACCAGCUUAAGAGAUUAAUUUUUCCACUUGGUUGUCUGUCAAAGGAUAAAGUUCGCAAACUUGCCACAAAGUUUGAUCUUCCUAAUAAAGAGAGAAAGGAUUCACAAGGAAUUUGCUUUCUUGGUAAGAUUAGGUUCAGUGAAUUUAUUGGAAGACACAUAGGGGAAAAAGAAGGUGUCAUAUUGGAAGCAGAGACAGGAGAUUUCCUUGGAAAACAUCAGGGCUUUUGGUUCUAUACAAUCGGUCAACGUCAAGGUCUGCGGCUCUCAGGAGGACCAUGGUAUGUAGUUGAGAAGGAUGUAAAGAACAAUGUGGUUUUUGUGUCAAGAAAUUACUUUUCGGUUGACAAACGAAGACGCUUGUUUCGUGUGGGAUCCUUGAAAUGGCUACAGGGGUUGCCUCCAGACCAGAUCAAUCAGUUACAGUGCAAGGUCAGACAUGGGCCUCAGUUUUGCGAUUGUACCUUAAAAUUUGAACAUGGUGAAGAUGGCAAUGAUGAUGUGGCAGUUGUAAACUUAUCUGAAGAUGAUCUAGGUCUGGCAGCGGGGCAAUUUGCAGCUUUCUACCAGGGAAGAACCUGCUUAGGCUCCGGGGUAAUUUUGGAGUCUUGGGAUGAUCAAGGUUUCCCUGUAUGCACGAAAGCUCUUGAAAAUGCAAGGAUGGAGAACAAGAAGGGACUUGGAAAACCGGUUAAGAUUAAAUUUAUACCAGAUGUAACAGAGUCCUGUCAUAUAGAUGGUCUGGAACUUCAUGGAGGAUCAAAAAGUUCAGGAAUUUCUGCUGCCAAAAAACACAUGCAUGCAUCUCCUGGAAAACCAAUUCCCGGAUCCACUUUGAAUUGGGGAGUCAAGUUUUGGAAGAAGUGAUUGGACAUAUUAUAGCUCAGACUAGCAUAGAUGAUCUCAAGAUGCAGAAGCAUUAUAGUAUAUAUCACUUUGAUCUUUUUGGUGAUCCGUGUCCAUGGAUAGAAGCAUUAUUGAGUUGUAAUAGCAGUAGUUUGUAAUGGUUGUCUUGCUUUCAAUGGUUGAUGGCCAAAUGUGUUGCACUAGAAUGGGUUGCAUUUGUGGUAAUUAUUUGCGGUAAUAGUCAAUAGUCUCUCCAACAAGCUUUGUGGUCUGAAUUAAUGUUGCAAUAAGAUAAGAAUGAUCACU